CGGGCUUUGGUCGGUUCGGGCGCGGUUCCUGCGUCCCGGCCUCUGUGUGUGCGCGCCCUCGCGCGGCGCGGGAAGGAGGGAAAGCCGGCCAGCGGUCGAGGGCGGCCUGCUUGGUUGGCUGGCCGCUGGUCUCGGUCGCGGCGCGCGCGAGCCACUGCUUACGUGGCAACCCUGUCGUCGUACGGACUGAGCAAGCGGGCCGGGCGCCCAUUAUCACCUAAGGCCUUGUGUUGUUGGCCCGACUGGAGAUGGCAGUGGCAUUUUCGUAAUUACGUCGUAUAUUGGUGGCUCUUCCUUCAAAGGUCCUGGAGUUAGACUGUCAGACUGCGCCAGUGCGGGGAGCAACACGCUCAGCUCAACGCAUCUUUUCCUCCACGAAGAGAUGAACUAAGUAACUAACUUCUUCUUUCCUUCUGUUGAUUAGGUUUCUUUUCUUGUUUUUUCGCUGCUAGCUCUUGGCUCCUUCUAAUUGUAAUCUCGAGAAAGUUGGUCUUCAGGAUUCUGUUUAGAUUUUGGACCCCCGCGCCCCACUCCUGUGUUUUCUUCGUCAUCUGGGGGGGUCAGAUCUUGCGUUCAAUUAGACAGACCAGAAGUAAGGCAAUGCGGCCGCCGUCACUGCUCUCCCAGUGCCUCGCCGGCUUCAUGUCUAAUGACAAGGCUGCAGCUCACUGCAUCAACGUCGUGCCCGAGAGGGACCAAUCACACCUACCGUCACCAGCAGUCGAGAUCGUCCCCUCAAAGAUUGUUCAUCCAUAUAAGUAUGCGGGUGACAAUAUUGAAAUGCAUGGCAUGAAUAUAUUCAAGGGGAAGUUCAGUGUUGUUGAUAUUGUUGGUCUAUCUAGAUCAGAUAUUGCAACCCCAAAGGGUGAAGGGCCCUUGAAAUGCUGUGAGAGUUCACUUGAGCUAAUAAAUGCCCUUAAGAAUGAAAUCCGCGAUGGACUCUUGACAUUCAGAAGCAAGCGGGUUUUAGAGCUGGGCUGCGGAUAUGGUCUUCCAGGGAUAUUUUCUUGCCUGAAGGGAGCUUCGACGGUGCAUUUUCAGGAUCCCAGUGCUGAAAUUAUAAGAUGCAGAACAAUACCAAAUGUACUUGCAAAUCUUGAGCAAGCUCGAGACAAACAGAUUCACCAACAAGGAAGCCCUCUUACUCCAUCGUGGCAACAGUCGCCUCAAGAUAUUCAUUUCUACGCUGGGGAAUGGGAGGAGCUUCACACGGUCCUGUCAGUGAUACAGGAGGAAGAGGUUGAUUCAUCACCAGUUGUAGGACUAGGGUUCUGCGAUGAUGACUUUUUGGAUGGCUGUAGCAGCCAGGAUGGGAACAAUAUCUGCCAUGAAACUUCAUCAAGGCGGUCGAGAAAAUUAUCAGGUAGCCGUGCUUGGGAGAGGGGAAAUGAAGCCAGCAUUGGAGAUGGUGGUGGAUACGACAUAUUGUUACUCAACGAUAUCCCUUACUCUGCAAACUCUCUUCAGAACCUCUAUUCUCUCAUAAAAAAGUGCCUGCGGCCACCAUAUGGAGUGAUGUAUCUUGCCGCAAGAAAGAACUACAUUGGUUCGAGUAGCGCAGUGCGGCAGCUUCGGGUAUUGGUUGACGAAGAGGGCGCCUUCGGCGCACACCUUGCUGCGGAACCUCCUGAGAGGGAGAUUUGGAAAUUCUUCUCUAAAUAGUUCAUCGCCCGUGGAGCUGAAGCUGAAUGAGCCGUCAGUUCUGUACUUCUGUAUAUAACUUACAAUUCCGACCAAUUUCUGCACAUCGUUUGCCAUUUUUUUCUCCAGGAGUAUGUUAUUAUCAUGUCGAAUGCAUGCUGCUCUGGAAACUGGAAUCCCUGGAUUCAUGCUAUUGCAAAUUAUGUGGCGUAACAAUGUUUACAAGUUUCGUGAAUAUUUAAGGUUGAGAAUUUGAUAUA